UGUUUGUGGAGACCCACCGCACCAUGGAGCCGGCUACGUUCCCCGUGACGAGUUUCUACAGCCCGCUGCGCGUCAAGACGCAGGCCAAGCGCCGGGGACAGACGGGACUGUCGCACGUGCUGGGCGACAUGUCACUCGAGCUCACCCAGAUGGACAAGGUUGUCUUCGGCGUCACGCUCGCCGGGGCCUCCUUCACGCUCAAGAACGUUGCCGCCAACAAGGCGGGCGACCCGUCGGCGGGUCCGGGCAAGCCCGGCCUGUUCACCCGUCAACCGGGCACGCUGAGCCACUACGAGCUGGAGCAGAUGCUGGCGCACGACCUGAGCUGGUCGCGCCAGUUCGACCGGGUCGCCCAGUGCUCGUACGUCGUCAACGGCGACCAGUGGGUGGGCUUCGAGGACGACGUGUCCCUGCAGAGCAAGGCCCACCUGCUGCUCUUCACCGGCGGCAUCGCCGUUUGGGACAUCUGUAUGGACGAUUUCAGGGGCACCUUCGGCCGGCCCCUGCUAGCCCGCGCGCGGGACAUCCUCCUGCGGAACCACACCUUCGGUCACAGCCUGCGCGCUAAGGGCCGCCUCGGUUGAACGACGGCGCGCUAAAGCUCCACUGUGCGUCACCGCGCGCCGCGCGCGAACUUUGAAGCGCCGCGUUCAGCAAAUACGGGCGUUGUGUGCCCGUGCGCAUUCUAGACUUGUUUUGCUGGCUGUGACGGCGAGCGCU